AUGGCAGCGCCAAACAUGAAGAUGGGGCCAACCGAUUUGGCCAAGGCUUUGGAGAGUGACCCUACGGUGAAGAUGCCUCCAAGUGGAUUCAUCGACCGCAACGCCAUCGAUGUCAAUGAGGAUCUCCUGAAGCACGUGAUUUCGAAUCUGGGUGCGAGGGUCAGUGUGGAUGUUCUAGAAUCCCACUUGAUGAGUUUGUAUGAGAUGAUGCCUCAUAGGCCGCGAUCUGCUUCGAUACGUUCCAUUAUGGAAUAUGCUGGAAUCCCAGUGCCAGCAGCAAGCACCGCUGGCAGUGACAGUGGUGAUGAUGACUCAAUGGGUGAAGAACAUGAGGAAGAGGAGAUGGAAGAUGACCCACCCCUUGAGGAUGUGAGAGAGCUGGACCCUUCCAGCGCCGUAGUGCCUGCUGAGCCUGCAAUCCGUGUCAAGCAAGAGAUGGAGGUGGGUGAGGCGGAUAUCGUAUCGGUUGUCCCCCCUACAAAGAGGAUCAAGAAGGAAGCCCGAACCGAGACAGCUAGCAAGACCCCAAAGGCCAUCGAGGCUCCCAGCGAGAAAGGAAAGGCCCCCACUGAGACAGGAAAGAAGGCCCCCAGCGAGGCAGAAUCCAGCAGCGAGUCAGGAAAGGCCCCCCGCAGCGAGGCAGGAAAGGCCCCCACCAGCGAGUCAGGAAAGGCCCCCACCAGCGAGUCAGGAAAGGCCCCCCCCAGCGAGGCAGGAACGGGCCCCACCACCAAGUCAGGAAAGGGCCCCGCCAGCGAGUCAGGAAAGGGCCCCACCAGUGAGUCAGGAAAGGGCCCCACCAGCGAGUCAGGAAAGGGCCCCACCACGAAAAGAAAGGCCCGCACCGAGACCCCCACAAAAGCCAGAGAGGCCCCUGCCAAGACCAGAGAGGCCCCAACAACCGAGACCAGAGAGGCACCAGCAACCGAGACCAGAGAGGCCCCAACAACCGAGACCAGAGAGGCCGCAACAACCGAGACCAGAGAGGCCCCAACAACCGAGACCAGAGAGGCCGCAACAACCGAGACCAGAGAGGCCUUGCCUGUUCGCAAAAGGGUAAAGGACCCGCAAAUGCUGAAGCUGAAGCAUGUCCUUGAAGAUGGUGUCAAACGCAAGAAGUGCAAGCAUCCAGAAGCAGGUGUUCAUGAUGGUGCAGCGACUCCAACAUCGACUAUUUCCACGGCAGCCUCGACCUACGACGGAGGAAAUGCCCACGUGGUUCUCGCCUUGGACGAUGGCAACUACGAGUGCCAAGGCUGUGGCUUGAUGGGUGACCUUGCAACUAUCACUUCCGUGGAGUGUAAUGCCAGAAGACUAGCCAAGAUGAAAGAGCUUGAGAAGCUUCGGGAGCUGACUUUGGCAUUGCAGGAAAUGAAGCGACAGCGUCUUUAUGAAAGGGAGAUGGAUUUGGCUGGGCAGCCUGCGAAAGCCCCAACAGUCCCUUCGACUUCGAACCAAUGCACGGACAACUUGGAGACGCAGGUGUGGAUGGAGGAUUCCCAGCCUCCGUGGGACCCGGCAUGCAAAGCUUUGUCAUUCGAUCAUGCAGUGGCAGAUGCCCCUGAGUCCGAAUCGGAAAGCGCAGAGCCCCUUAUGCAUGUGGGAGCAUCCAAAGGUGUUUUGCGGCGGAGCGGGAGGGGGAUAGCCAAGCCCAAGAUUGAAAUUGACUUAGCCAAGCCAGAGGUUGCACCAGAAGCCACCAAGCCAAAGAUUGCAAGAGCAACCACAAAGCCAGAUCUCGAGAUUGCAACGAAAGCCACCAAGCCAGAGAUUGCAACAACAGCCACCAAGGCAAAGAUUGCAACAACAGCCACCGAGCCAAAGAUUGCAACAACAGCCACCGAGCCAAAGAUUGCAACAACAGCCACCGAGCCAGAGAUUGCAACAACAGCCAGGGGUUCCAAGAUCUCGAAAGCAAGCAAAGGGGAAUCCGCAAAGGGUCUCAAAGCCGAUGGAGCUGGCGAUGCACUCCCUGAAAAGCCCGCAUGUAUGGACAAGAUUCCUCCUUCUAUCAACCCCAAAGACCAGAAGCGCAGCAAGCAAGAGCCGGAUGAGGAGGAAGCAGCAGGAGAGGGGGAUGAUGUGGAUGGUGAUGCACUCACCGAAGCACCGGAGGAUGAGGAGAACGAUGCCCCAGAUGAUGAUGGCGAUGACGAUGACGACUGUGAUGAUGCUGACGGAUCCGAAGCCGAAGAGGAUGAAGAGGAGACUGCUUCGAAACCGAAGGUUAUGAAGCGACCAGCAGCUAAGGUCUUCUUGAUCGACAAUGGAGAAAUGGGCCUGUCGGGCUAUGUCACAGGGCACUGCUGCCUUGAUUGUUUCCAUGAACUCUGCAGAGUGAGCCUGGACUUGUGCAGUGUCAACAUGAUCCACAUAAUUUAUGGCUCAGCUGAUUCGGGAGUGGCUUGA